GGGGGUCUGUGAGUCAAUGUUUUCACUACACUUUCGAAUUUAUCAUUCCUGAGACAAAUCCUGUCCAUAGACUGAUGCAAGGCUUUGUGAAUUAGUCUUUUCAAGGCCCUGUUCUGUCACAGCUAGUGUGGUCUUCUUGUGGCACAAUAGCAAAUAUUUCCAUAGAGCUCCAUACUUAUUAAUUAUGCAUACUCGUAAAUAGAACGCCGAGACUCGCAAACUCGCAUGCAUAAUUGAGUACAGGGUUAGAUGGAAAUACUGUUGCUUCUUUAACGAGUACAUAAGAUGACAGUCAAACCUAUAGCAUUCCAAACGACUAACAGCACAAACUUGCCCAUGUAAGAACAACGAGAAUACGCCUUUUUAGUCUGGUUUUCAAGGCCAUAACUCAAAAGCACAUAAAGCAUGUAAGGUAUGUGGUUGCAAAGACUGAAGUGCUGCAAAGCAACGCUAGCACCUUUUGUUCGAAUAUUUUCCGCUCUGAAGGCGUUACUACGAGCCAUAAGAACGUUUGCCCAGGAGGCAGGUCAGCGUAUGUCACUUGUGCUUAUGAUUUCUCGAAGUAACACUUUACUUUGACAGCAAAACAAACUAUCUACAGCAGUUUAAAACAGUUUAACGACAUUGUGGAAAUGGUUCAACUUCUGAAGCACAUCAAAGGCAUUCAAGGACAUCGGCUGUUUGUAUUGAUUUCAAUUUCUGCGUGCAUCACUGUGUUCAUUGUGUACCGGAAUACAACAUUUUUUCCCGUUUUAAGAUCAUCUUCAACCAGGCUACCUGAUGUGUUGCGGCAGAAGAUCGCUGAAACAGACGAAGUACCUGCUCAUGAUGUCUCAAGCUGCCAACCUAUAAGCCAUAUUUACUACCUCAAAACUCAUAAAACUGGCUCCAGUACCAUUGGCACCAUGAUUCUUAAAUAUGGAAUCAUCAGAAACCGCACAAUCGUUCUUGAUCCGGAUCUGGCAGAUAUGCAAUGGCCCGCGCCUCUUGAGUUAAAUGAAGUCUCGAGUCUAGUAAACAAAGACUCGGCAAAGAUAUUUUCCUCUCAUAUAAGAUUCAAUAAAGGACCGGUGAACACAAUUUUCCCUAAACCAAAGGCAAAGUACAUCACUAUCCUUCGCAAUCCUCUUGACCGUUUUAAAUCUGCUUGGCUUUAUUAUGGUUUGUCGGGACGUGCAAGAGUUUCACCAACCGAGGGUCCUAUAAAUAAAUUCCUGAGGUCGCCAAAUGCUUUAGAAGAAAUCAGGAAAAGACUUUUGACCACCAGCGUCUAUAGAAUAUAUAACCACAUUUCGAACUCAAACUUAUUUGACAUGGGUCUUGAGCAAGAAAAUUUACAAAACAUGGCAUUGGUUAAGAGAUACAUCGACAAGAUGGAGGAAGAGUUCGACUUGGUGAUGAUAGCGGAUUACUUUGAUGAAUCACUGAUAUUACUUAAACGACUGCUGUGCUGGGAAUUUGAGGAUAUCGUAUAUGUUAAGUUAAGAGUGAAGAAAAGGAAACUAGAGUUUGAAGAAGAGGUGAAGAAAAACAUUCUUACUUGGAAU